ACUGCCGCGUUGAGGGGUGUCCUUAAACCUGUACCGCCAUUUAAAACGCGCCUCGAGAAAUGUUCUCGAAGGAGUGGCGCGUGCCGAAAUCCUCGUGAAGCACUGCAAAUGUCCAGCUACAGUCUGCGGCCGAGCAACCAGCAUAGAAACUACCGCGAAAUGGCACAAAUUGUGGACGCUGUUGUGAAGCACAAAGUGGCGCGCUUUCGCGACCGCUGCAAACCUCCAAUAUCCGAGGACAUUUACGAUGAAAUACUGCUGCUCAUGGAGGAGAAAUUGGAGAGCGGCAAGGUGGCCAGUCUGCUGACAGUCAGCGAGAAGGCUAGGAAGUACUGGAGAACGCACGGCCGAGAGUUUGUGGACCUGGUGGACCUCCAGGAGCAGUUGGGCCGUCCCUCCAAGGGCAUCCUUCUCAAGAAUGGCCGGGCGCUGCUGUCCGAGUCGCUGGCCGAGGAACUGGUCGUGCGGUACGUGGCCGAGCGGGGUCCCCAGACUGUGCAGCGCGACAUGCAGUCCCUGUUCGAGCUUCCCCUGCCCCUGAUCCAGGCACACGUGCAGCGGUCGGCCAACGUGCGCCUCGCCAAGGACCGCCGCUAUAUGCGCCUCAAGUUUGAGGAACGCAUGAGCGAGCUGCGGCAGAACGUGCUGGCCGAAGCCACCGCGGCGGCCACCACCACCACCUCGUCGGACACCAAUGGCAACGGCUUGCCUUCAAGCGCACCAGUUGGAACAGGAAGUGUGGCCAUUACAACUCCAGCCCCGGCCGAUCUGCCCGUGCUCCUGAUUAAGCCCAUGCCCAAGCGCAAAGCGAAGCCCAAGAGCCAGGAGCAGAAGAUGCGUGACGCAGUUGCGACAGCUCGUCCCAUUGUGACAGCACAGGCAUCGCCCCCCAUCACUUCCUGGGAGGAGCACCCGCGGAACUUGAUUCCUGAGCUGUGUCGCCAGUUCUACGACCUGGGAUGGGUCACCGGUACGGGUGGUGGCAUCAGCAUACGGCAUGGGCAUGAGAUCUACGUAGCGCCGUCUGGGGUGCAGAAGGAGCGCAUAGCGGCGGAGGACUUGUUUGUGCAGGACAUGGAGGAGCGGUUCCUGUCGGGCCCUCCUCCGCACAAGAAGCUGCGCAAGAGCGAGUGCACGCCCCUCUUCAUGAACGCCUACACGCUGCGUGGUGCAGGGGCAGUGAUUCACACUCACUCCAAGGCGGCUGUGCUGGCUACCCUGCUGUACCCGGGCCCCGAGUUCCGGAUCACUCACCAGGAAAUGAUCAAGGGCAUCAAGAAGGGCCAGUCUGGCAUCAGCUACCGCUACGAUGAAGAACUGGUCGUGCCCAUCAUCGAGAACACACCUUUCGAGCGGGACCUCAAGGCAAGCAUGCGGGCUGCCAUGGAGCAGUACCCCGACACCUGUGCCGUGCUGGUGCGUAGGCACGGUGUCUACGUCUGGGGCGACUCCUGGCAACGUGCCAAGACCAUGUGUGAAUGCUACGACUACCUCUUUGACAUGGCCGUGCAGAUGAAGCGCCUCGGGAUGGACCCCACGCUGCCCCCACCACCACAGCAGAGUGCCGCAGCGGCCACAACACUUGCCGAAGCAGUGCAGGUGGCAACAACGGCUGAAGCUGAAUCGGCAUCCGUGGACCCACCCGCUACCCUGACCACACUAGCUGGCGAGUUGGCCGACACCCCAGGAUUCACGCUCAACCCGAACGGCCCGGUCCCAGCUGAGGGCCAGACCACCUAUGUUGUCUACAUGUGAGCGUCAGACAGCAGCAAGUGCCUUUAGGAAUGCCCCGCCUACUUGGAAAGCAGCACUGUGUGCCACAGCUUCAGCUACUUCGAGGCUGAAACUAGAGCUCACUAGGAGGGUCACCCAUGAACGCAAGGAACGUGAUAGUCUUGUUGUGGUAGUGCCGUGUAGAGGUCAUCACAGGUAGCUCCGCAUUUCCUUAAAGGGAUGCUAAGUGAAGAUAUGCGAUAAUGUGCUCCGAGAUUUUUAUUGUUACCUUUAUUGAGAAUGAAGAUUUUGUACCUGAGAAAAAUAUGUCAAUGUAAAAUGGGAUUUGCGCCACCAUGAGCAAGAUUCCCACGACUUAUCGUGCCUCGUUUUUGAUGGGUACAUAUGCAGUCACCGACUGCUAAUUUGGACUCGACGAGGUCCGCCUAGAAGUCUGAAUGUAGUCGAGAAUCCAAUAUAUUGGGUUCACCAGAAACUAAGUGUCUUUGUUCCACAAGCGGCCAAAAAGCUUGUCAAUGUGUUGCUGUACGCACAUUUGCUUGCCUGUGACCUGGUCAGUCUGUAUUUCAACCAUUUUCAUGCUGUUGUUACAGAUAGACGAAAAUACAGUCAAUGCAUGCACUGAAGCUCCAUCCCCUGGCAACCUAUGCAGAGGCUGGUUGCACUAUGACAGCCAAAUGAUUGCAGGUUUUUUUAAACAGUCACCUUCUAGUACUUACCUCACUUAAUCACCGCCCUCGUCGGCGCAGACUGGAUUGGUGCACUUGGCGCCACUCAAAGCUAUUUGAUGAUUCUGAGCAACAAAAACUCAUAAUAGCAUUCAACAAAGUUGCCCUCGGCCGUGUUGCUAUUUAACAUGUAAAGGAAACAGUGUUGGACGUUCAGCACUGGCCCGACAAACUGUAAAUGCAGUACAGUCAACUCCCGUUAAUACAGUAAAAGCUCGUUAACUCGGAUCUCACGGGACUGGAGAAAAUGUCCGAGUUAACCGAAUUCCGAAUUAUCGAAUGGACCAUGAAAACAAAAGGAAAACGUACACGGCACAGACAAACCUUUAUUUCUUGAAAAAGUGCGUUAUUUUCGUCUGCCUCGCCGUCGGAAUUUCUGACAGAACGAUCUUAUUUAAUCCCAUCAGGUGGUGGUGCGCACGUUCACUGUCGCGAGAACAAACGCAGAACUCCUCGAGGACAGCGAGGGCUUCGGCAGCCUCCUG